AUGGCAAAGUAUAAGAAAUACAGACGAAAACGGAGAGCCCGAGCAAAAUUUCUACUGGAAGAAAAAGGAGAUGCUGUAGAGCCCCGGGGCUCAGGUUGUCCUUCUCCACGGUCAGCGGGUCAUCUUCCUCUGAACACGUCAGCUAUCCCAAGCCAUCUGUCCUCGCUCUGGUCAUUAGCUUUGCCCAGCGUAAAAAAUGUGGUAAAACCCUUUACAACAACAGCAUCGUUCUUGUACUGUUGGUGCCAAAACACGGUUGCACAGAGUUUUAAGGUGGUUAAAGACACCAUAUUUCCAUGGCAGAUCUACUUAAGGGAGCUAAAUACGUUCAGAGAGCAGCUGGAAAAGUUGGAAACUGAAUUUUCCAGACUACAAGGAACGCUCCAGAUGAAUGGAAUUGCAGCUUCGUCUUCAGAACAUUCUCUUUGUCAGAAGUGUAAUAAACCAGUUCUGGGUGCUCCCAUCCAGACGCCGUCAGCAGUGUCCGGGCCUUGCACAAUACAGCUGCAGCCUCUGUCUUCACCCCCUCCACCUCUUCCUCCUCCUCCUCCACCACCACCACCACCACCACUGCCCCCACCAAAACUGCCUCCGGCACCUCUCCUCCUCAAACGGGGCAACGGCUCUAAAGCACUUCUGGCACCGUCACUGAAAAAAGAUGGGCCGAUGCAGAUCACUCUCAAAGAUCUUCUGAAUGUCAAACUGAGGAAGACAAACAGCAACCUGAGCGUGGACAAGGCAGAAUCACCAGUGAAGACAUGCAGAGCAUUAAUUACCAUCUCAGAUUUACAGAGUGUUAGUCUGAGACCUAAAUCCAAGCCAUCAGCUCACAUUACAACCUCCUUAAUUACCCCUGCUAAAAAUCAGUUAGAUCUUCGAAAACAUCUGAAGAAAGUCAAUAUACAAAGAAGUCCUGGUGGCACUCCACUAAAUAGUAAAGAAAACAUUGAAUGUGGGUCUGGGUUGACACCGAUAAUGACGCAGGCACUACGGCGCAAAUUUCAGAUGGCUCAUCCAAAGAGUCCCUCGCCAGCCCGGUUAAGUGCUGCAAACAGCUUUGAUGAACAAAAGUAGAUUUCGGGAACAAUGUAUUUUUCAUUCGUGGUCACUUGAAUCCCAUUUCUAUCUCACUCAAGCAUAUGUAUUUGUAAGUAAAUCUAGUGUACACAAGAACAGAUGACAACCCUUUAGCAGCCUUUUGCUUUUUAAAGGCAGCACCUUUAUAAUGUGUCUCAAUCUGGUUGCAGCUUAUUAAUAGG